CGACCUUUCCAUGACGGCUUCCUGUGCGCGUUGUGACGUCAGUUGUCUGGCUCACAUUUGAGACUAGCUAAUCAGAGAAGUUUAAUUCUUUCUCUACAGGCGCUAUUUUUUAGAUAAAAUGUUUACAAAAUAAACUUCAGACAUUGAGACAAGCAUUUAGGGUUGUAAUAUUUCGCCGGGAGUGUAAUAAGUUAACAGAGACACCGAGCGUGAACGCGAUAAACCAGAUGUGAGUGUUUCUGAAAUAAACUAGACUGUCAAAACUGAUGGAGUCGCAGAAAGAAACCAGUCAACCUGCAAAUAAGACUUCAACGUCUGAGGGAGAUCAGGAGGAGCAGUGCUGCUCUAAUACUUCUUGUGAAAAAAAUGAGGAGCAGGAGCCUUCAUCCCCAAAACAGGGAGAUUUCAGUGAUCCGGUAUAUAAAGAGAUCGCACUUGCAAACGGCUCCAUCAACCGAAUGAGCAAAGAUGAGCUGCGUGCAAAAUGUGUCGAGCUGAAGCUUGACACACGUGGUGUUAAGGAUGUCCUAAAGAAGCGCCUCAAAAGUUACUACAAAAAGCAAAAACUGAUGCAUUCAGGUGCUGCAAAAGGGAACAGUGAUGCGUACUUUGACUACAUCUGUGUGGUAGAUUUUGAAGCGACAUGUGAGGAAAAUAACCCACCCGACUACCUCCAUGAAAUCAUCGAGUUCCCCAUGGUUUUGAUCGACACGCACACCUUGGAGAUUGUAGACUCAUUUCAGGAGUAUGUGAAGCCAGUGGUGAACCCACAGCUCUCCGAGUUUUGUGUGAAACUUACCGGAAUCACACAGAAAAUGGUGGAUGAGGCGAAACCAUUCAGUCAAGUUCUGAAGCAAGCAGUUUCUUGGCUACAGAAAAAAGAACUUGGAACGAAGUACAAAUAUACAUUUUUGACAGAUGGGUCAUGGGACAUGGGAAAAUUUCUUUAUACCCAAUGCAAACUGAGUCGCAUCAGAUACCCCCAGUUUGCCAGAAAAUGGAUCAAUAUCAGAAAGUCUUAUGGAAACUUCUAUAAGGUUGCUCGUACUCAGACAAAACUAAUCUGCAUGCUGGAGAAUCUUGGUAUGGAGUAUGACGGACGUCCCCAUUGUGGUCUAGAUGACUCCCGCAACAUUGCCAGAAUUGCCAUCCACAUGUUGAAGGAUGGCUGUCAGCUGCGGGUGAAUGAGUGCUUGCAUUCAGGAGAACCACGGAGUGUGCCCAUCUCUGCCCCUAUUGAAGGAGCCCCAGCACCUCAAACACCCAAGAAACGAAACUAAAAAGACACUUUCCCAAAACUAACAUUGCUUAAUUUGGACAAAUAUGAAUACCUGUCUUGGUGUAAUCGUUAGGUAAUUGGGACAAACUAAUCUGGGUGUUCUUAAAUUGUUCCAGUAAUCUGUGUGAUUUGUUUGCCGCAAAAGCUUACAUCAUUGCAGAUCAGUGGGGUGAGGCUGUGCUUCACCAUUACAGCAAAUUGGGUUUAUGUACUGUAUUUUGAAACUUGCUCCUGAGGAAGAAAAACAGAAGCCUUUUUUAAAGCCUGAUGGGUGAUGAAUAAUUUUGCAUUUCUUUUAUUAAUCCAUGUUGCACGUCAGUUAAAAAACUGAAAAGCUCAAUGUGUAUUCUAUUGCCAAUAAACAUUUUUUUAUGAUGCCA